UUGCUAUACCAUGUUAACCAGUCUCUGGUUUCUUAUCGUUUUGAGGAUAAGCCUAACUAUAAGCGUGAGAUGGCCACGGGACAAUCAUCUUUCGGAUACGGAAGUCAGCAAAUACAUGAGGACCAUGGAUGUCAUACCGGAUGUCAUUGAUAUCGGACCCCAGGAGUUUCUCAAUGUCACAUAUCAUGGCUAUAUAAAUGUGGAUGGUGGAAAGCAAUUGCAACCCAUGGAGGUGAGAGAUGAACCUGCAGUUCAAUGGCCCGCAGUUAUUGAACACUAUUACACGCUGCUAAUGGUUAAUCCGGAUGCACCCAAUGUCCUGACACCAUCGCAUCGGGAGUUUCUCCAUUGGAUGGUGCUAAAUAUUCCCGGAAAUCAUCUGGGUAUGGGAGAUGUUCGCGUCGGCUAUAUGGGCGCCGCUCCACUCCCAGCAACCGGAACGCAUCGGUUCAUCUUUCUGCUCUAUAAACAAAAGGAUUAUACCAAAUUUGAGUUCCCAAAGGUGCCCAAGCAUUCGGUUCAGGGAAGACAUGGUUUCAAGGUUCAGGAGUUUGUUAAAAAAUAUAAAUUGGGUUGUCCAGUUGCUGGGAAUUUCUUCACCUCCACCUGGAGUGAAGAUGUUCCAGCGCUUAUGAAAACCAUUUCACUUGGAUCCAGCUAAACAGUUAAGAAAUAAAGCAUAACUAGAAUCUGAA